AUGGCUAUUAGGGCAUGUAUUAGAGGGUUUCAAUCUUCGAUGCAGCUAGUCAUUGAUGUGGAUGCCACAAAUUUAAAAUGUAAGUAUAAGGGUGUCCUUUUUGUUGCCAAUGCAUUUGACGGAAAUCGAAAUAUAUAUCCUCUUGCUUUUGAAAUUGGGGAUUUAGAGACGGAUGCAUCAUGGCAUUGGUUUUUCAGUAAGCUUCAUGAAGUCAUUGGUGAGUGUCCAAAUCUUGUGAUUAUUUUAGAUCGGAAUAUUAGCAUAGAGAAUGUGUGGCACAACAUUUUUCCAACGGCGCAACAUGGCAUAUGCUUUUACCAUAUGAAGGGGAACAUGAAACGCACUUUCAAAUUGAAAAAACGUGAUAAAUUAUUGCUAUACUUUGAACAAGCUGCAAAAUGUUAUGGCAUCACUAAAUUUGAUCAUCAUUUUCGCAAGAUCAAGGAUUACACAAGUGGUAUAGAGCUCACAUGGAUGGACGUCGAUACAAUUAAACGUCGUGAUUUUGCUUUGAAAUGUACAUCAACAUUGCACCCUGACUUUGGCGAGAAGAAGCUGAGACACAGGUUGGAAUGUGCUUCAAGGAUGAAUGUCGUGAAACUGAAUCACGUAGAGUAUAAUGUCGUGGACGGUGAUAUGGACGACCACGUACAUUUGACGAAUAAUACUUGCAGUUGUAGGAAGUUUCAGCUUGAGCAACUACCUUGCAAGCAUGUAGUUGCAGUUUGUCGUUUCUUGAAACUAAAUGUAUACUCCAUGGCUUCUCGUUAUUACACUCGAAAUACAUGGUUGGAUGCUUAUUCAGAUACCAUAUACCCGGUACAGCCUCAAGAGUUGUGGGUUAUUCCUGAAUAUGUCCAAAGUAGAGUUGUGUGUCUUCCCAAUGCAAAGGUCAUGCCAGGUCAAUGA